UCGGCGUUUUGGGGGAGGGCAUAGCGCCCCCCUCCUGGAUCCUCUCUCGACUCGCAUGUGAGGCAGAAGGAGGACAAUGCGAAACUUAUGGUAGUUUUAGUUCUUGGACUUGUGAAGGUAUUCGGCUUCAUCGAUGUAUUUGGUGAAGCUGAAGUAGCCGGUAGAUCAGGGCAGUUUGCUCUGCCAGCGGUGCAUUCGAAUGGGAAUCUCCUUUGUCCCUGGAGAAGAGCCAGAGAAAGCCUAGAUGCACCAUAUGAAUUAACUUACAAUAUUUCACACCUCAAGUGAGGACGAGAAGGAAUCUACCGUAGUGUUACCUGAUUUUGGCGUCUGUUUGAAUGAGAAACUAAAUAAAUAGGGAAGUCAAGUUUAAAAGAAGACGCGGACUUUUGGGGACCUCGUUACUUUCAGAAUGAUGCAGAGACGACCGUCGUGAGUGUCAGUGGGCUGAGAAGCGUGGCUGGCCUGGCAAGCUGUGAUGCAAGCCAGCACUGCAUGCAUGCCUGCGAAGCCUAGUGAGGCUUUAUCUCCACCGGAGUUUAACGUCAGCGUGGUUCCUGCCAUGUGUAGGGAGGUGUUCCUCCUUUGAACUGGACCAUACCCUGACGCCUCAAGCACCUCCUCCAGGCCCUGGGGCAGGAUGGGUUCGCUCCGGCGACCCCGACCGCGGUUCAUGAGCUCCCCGGUGCUGACGGACUUGCCCCGGUUCCACGCCAGUGCACCCGCGUUACAGCUCACUAACGCCAGCGUCUGGAACAGCGUCCAGUCUGCUGUGAUCAAGGUUUUCCAGGGAGGAGGACUACAAAGCAACGAACUCUACUCCCUCAAUGAGAGCAUCAGGUGGCUGCUCAAGACAGAACUGGGCUCCUUUUUCAAAGAGUACUUCCAGAAUAAGCUCCUGAACAAAGGCCUGGAACACAUUGCUGAGAAGAUCCAGUUGUGUGAGGGUGAUGGCCAGCUUCUUAUUUUGUCUGAGAUGUGGAGUAGGUUCUUCAUGGAGAUCCUGCCAACGCUACAGGCUAUUUUUUACCCAGUACAGGGCCAGGAACUGAGCGUGAGGCAGAUGGCCCUGCUGGGCUUCCGGGACCUGGUGCUGCUGAAACUGCAGCUGGAAGAGCUGCUUCCCCCAGUGCCAACGUCGCCCCCUCCUGCCAUCACUCAGAUGCUGCUUGUGCUGCAGGGCAUUCAUGAGCCCAGUGGGCCCAGUCAGGAAUACUGUCAGCUGGAGAAGCUAGUGGACAUGGUGGUAUCCCCCUAUCUAGGCAAUUACCUGCACCGGAGCCCUGCCACAUGCUUCAUAGGUGAGCCAUUAGCUUCAACACUGAAGGUCACCUCUGUGAAGAACAAGCACCAGCCUGGUCGGCCAAGGACUGCCCACCUCGAUCAGCCGGAGAUCUUGAUAACCCAGCACACCGUGGACUCCUCCUCCCUGGCACCCCUCGUCGAGCAAGAGGGAGAGGCCUACCUAGAGAAGGCAGGGGGUAUGCGGCGCCACACGGUGGCCAGUGCCCACUCGGACUUGCAGCUGCUGACUAUAAAAGGUGCGAAGUGCCCUGCGAGAACAGAAGCCCGUGAUUCGGGGGAAGACCUCCGUACAGUGCAGAGGCACAUUGUCGGCAAGCCACUCAUCUUGGAGGACGUGAUGGCGCUCCCCCUCCAGCAAGACUGUGCCGAGUUCAGCUAUCCUUCUCCAAGCUAGGAGACGGGGGGGGGGCAUGUUGGCGACAGAGCAAGUGGAGCUUUGGAGUCUGGGCAAGUCUUUCUGACUGAGCUCUCGGGGGGGGGGGGGGGAGGGGGUAUAUAUGGCUAUUCUCCCCUGCUGGAGAAACCGCCCGUCUGUGCUGGAGGGUGGCCAUUUCCAUGAGUUCGAGCCCAGCUCAGGCACAGCCACUGUGAUGGUAGCACCUAGAUUUUACUGAUGCUGUGCCAGGUAGCAUAGCAACAGGCUCUGCUUUCAUCUGAGAGUGUCCAUGUGACAUUGGCCAGACCCAUUAAUCUCAUGUGGCAAUGUGUGGAACCCUGCUGAGGGUUUACACCGACCACACAGAGAUAAACCCUAAGCCUUUGUAGGCUCUUAUAGGAAGGAUAUUUUAGGUUUUGUGGAGCAGUGGGUCUGUGAUGCAGAAAGUCUGAUUGCAGUAAUGGGUAUGAAACUUACAAACAUGGUUUUCAUAUUGAUUUACUGUAUAACUGACUUAACAGGCUUUACUUAAAUGUUCAGUUCUUGUUAGUCUGGUGGUUGCCUGACCAUUCCUCUUGGAAUCUCUUAGUAUUUUUAACAAUAGUAAGAAGUUUUAGUUGUUACGGUAAAUAAAUGCAUUUGUUAACUGUUUCAAA